AUGGCGCUCGAUUGGGCCAAAGCGUUGCGCCAGGCGGCCAAGAUCCGCUCAUCCGUGCAUCACCAGUGGAGCCCCGACUGCGCGGCGGCGGAAAGCAGCGGGCUUUCUGCCGGCGGCGGGCUUUCCGCCAACUCUCUCCCCGCGUGCCCCGCGCCGUGGGCGCUCUCUCCCGCCACCCCCUCGUCGUCCACGUCGGAGGGAGACAGCGCCGUAACGGUUACCAACGGAUGCAAGCCUUUCGCUGCGGCGAAAAAGCUCUCCGUCUCGCUUUCUGCGCAACCAUCCGCGCAGCUCUCCGCGCAGGCCCCCUCCCCCGCCCGCCGCGCAAGCUCACGCCGCGGCAGACAUGCAGCACCGAUGCAAGUUCCGCCACUAGCCAGUCCUUCGACGGGUAGUUGCUCCUAUAGCGGGCGUGGGGGGGCGGCGGCGGAAGCCGCGAGUCCGCGGAGCGCUUCGUGGGUGGGCGCGGCGGUCGAGACCCCGCGGGGAGCCAGCGGAGCGCCGCCGUCCUUCACGGCGGUGUCGCCCUUGCUUCUUCCGCCGAAUGCCGCGAAUGGCGCAGCGGAUGUCCCCGUCGUUCACCUCUCCUCUUCGCGCAAAGCAGCUCUCUCUCGGCGCGCAAAAAGACCCGCUUCCCCCCCUGCAGCUGCUGCCGCCGCGUCGCCAUCCGCGGCGGAGGUGGAGACGGCGCUCAAUGAUUGGUUGACGAAUGUUCUUGCGCCGGCUCUUGCGGCUGGUGGGGCGGCAAGCGGCAAUGCGGCUGCGGCUCGGGCAUCAAGCAAUAAACCGUUAACUGAUAUGUCUGCCGGUUUCCAACUUGGAUCUUCCGCAUCCGCCUCCAUUGCGCCUCCCCCGCCUUUUUCCGCGUCCCCGGCCAAUAGGCUCGCGGAGCAGCUGGUCGGGCAAUGGCGGAAGGCGCAACAGCUUCCCCGCGCGCCCGCAUCCACGCCACCUGCGCCGGCGGUGGUGCAGGCGCCGGCGGAAGCGCCCGCGCCGUUCCUGGCCCGACCGUCCUUCCCCCGAACGUCCUGCUCCGCCUCAGCCCCAUCCCCGUUCGGCGGAUCGCAGUGCAGCCUGGUCGCCCCGCCUCCGCCAGUCGCACAGGCUGGCAAUGCGCCCGCGCAUGUGCCGGCGCAUGCGCCAGUGCACGCGCCCGCGCAGCCCUUGUCUCCGCCUGAGGCGCAUUCCGCGCGCGGAGGCAACGACUCGCCGGAAGACGCCUUCUGUCCGCUCGCCUUCCUGGCAGGCGACCUUGACGAGUGCGAUCAGGUGAAACCUCAGUUGAUUCCGCAAGACGUGGCGGAUGCGAAGGGGAAGCUGUCUGGAGAUGGGGGGAUGGAGGGCUGCGCGGGUUUGUUUCUCUCCGCCACCCAUGACUUGCGGGGCGCGGCCCAGACCGGAGGGGGGAAAUGCGCGGAGGAGGGGGAGUCCCUGGAGGAGCUAGCCGCACAGGAUAUUGACUGGCAGUCCCUGCUUGCACCCUGGGAGCCGGCUUCAGGUGGUUCUUCAGGAGACGGUGACCUGGCGCCCAUGUGGCAUGCUGACGUGGCGGAUCUGUGCAUGGGAGUGCCAGCAUGGAUUUCGCAUGAGUAUAUGGACGGUCUGCACCAGUGGGACUCCCACAGCUAUGAGGAGGAGCAUCUGCACUUGGCUAAGCGCCAACGCUUAGUCUAA